AUGAAAUUCAAAGCAUUAAUCUGCUUGGUUUGCCUAUAUUAUAGGAUAUCUUUAGGUAAGUGCGAUCGAUACCUAUGCGAAUGUGUCAUUUUCUGCCUGAUGAUAUUGAUUCGCUUGGCGGACAAAAUUUCUAUCUUGCUUGUGUCGAUUAACUUUUCAUGUGACAAAAAAUAUUCCUUUAAACAAAGAAACACUCGUAGACCAUUACCAGUUGAAUUUGGAUUCUUUUUUAGAGAUCUUUAGUGCUUAAAAACUUGUAAUUUACACCCGUAGUUGUCGUCCAUUUUGAGCCAUUAUUGAUUGAACAUUGAAGUAAGUGUAUAGAUUGUUAGAUGGCUUUAUUCACAGAUGCUUUCAGAUGGUGAUUUGAUCUCUUCUCCUCCCCGAAUUGGUAGUUUAAAGAUCUAAACACCAAUUUGUAUGCAUGGGAAAGUUGAAGAAGCCGCAAAGAGCGAAUCGAAAUUCUCCGAGUAACAAGAUAACAACAACAACAUUGCUCUCAUGAAUUCAUUUGCACGUGGUAUCUUAAUACAUUUUUGGUCGUUGUAUGUUCAGAAUACCUGCUUAGGAUGAACGAAUGCUGCAAGACGAGAGUAAAAGCUCUGUAUGAGACAUCGUUGAGUAUAAUUUUCCUAGCGUGAGGGAAUUAAACUCGUAGAUUUAUGUUUCAAGUGUUGGCAGAAUACCUGUUCUCCCCACGCGAGAUCCGAUCGCUCUGAGUUUGGUUUGGUAUGCACUGAGCAUUUUAGGAAAAGUUUACAUUCGUCUUUACCUUAACCCGCGCACUACAAUUCGAACUGAUUCAAAGGACUGAUAUACUCUUUAAUCAGAGAAGAUCAAGAAUAAAGUACGCGAUGUUUCACAUUUGAUUUAAUAACCCGAAGCUAGCUUCUGGCUACGUGCGUCUUGCAUGAAAAGUAGUAGUCUUUUAUUGUCAUGUUUAUUUAAAAAACAUUUAGCAAAUCCUCGGAGAACAUCGGAGAUGAAUUACUGCAGAGUAAUGACGCCCGUUGAAAGCGAUAUGUUUAACUUAUAUUUCUUCAGGUGUAAACCCUUUGGCAGUUACGAUGAAAACAAAAUAUUUCCAGACGUUUCUUUUCGCUAAACGGAGUUAUUAACUUAAUUAUCUUCGAUUGGUCUUUAAGAAAUUGCUUGUGAUGAAUCAGGUAUUCUACUCUUUAGUUCUAGUUUCGUGCCAGCAACUCUUCUAAUCCAAUUCUUUAUUUUUACAGCGACUUCUCCAAGGAUUUUAUACGCAAACCGGAGAGACAUCAGAAUAGUACGACCAAAUCAAAAGAACCAAAAUGAAACUAUCGUAGCUGUUGAUCUUUUGAAUGCUAUCGCGGUGGAUUUCAGCUACGAAGAUGGAUACAUAUUUUGGACGGAUGUCAGGGCUAAGAAAAUCAAACGAAUUCGUAUGACGGGAAGUCCUAACUCGAGAAAAGUUGAAGAUGUUAUAUCUGUGGGUUUGAAAAGGCCCGAAGGAUUAGCCGUAGAUUGGGUAGGAAAAAAGUUGUAUUGGACUGAUCGUAGAGAUCCUGACGGGGAAACGAACAGAAUCGAAGUUGCAAAUUUUGAUGGAUCCUAUCGCAAAGUUCUCUUCUGGAAAGACUUGGGUCUUCCAAGGGCGAUUGCAGUGGAUCCACUCAAGGGGUAAGUUGAAGACUUUGUGUUAUUUUGUUGCACUCAAUAGCUGCAGUUUAUUUUGUGCUGAGUUUGAGAAAAAUCGUCAGCAAUUUUUCUACAACGAAGGUUUUGCUUGGCUUCGGGAGAACUUGUUAUUUUGGAUUUCGAUAUUUUGUAAAUAGCUUGCUUUUUUAGAGUUGGUGCUUCUUAAUAAAUUCGACGAGGCUGUGACUAAAAGUGGGACUGGGACGUAGGGACUGGGACGUGGGACUGGGACGUAGGGACUGGGACGUAGGGACUGGGACGUAGGGACUGGGACGUGGGACGUGGGACGUGGGACGCUGAAAACCAUCGGCUACUGCUAACAAGCUCUCCAGCAUAUAAUAGCUUUAUCGAGACCACCGAAAAUUAUACUCUACAAAAUCAGCGCAAAUGUCAGGUGUUGUUUGUUUAUCACGUCCCCGAGUCCCGUGCGUCCCCGAGUUCCCGCGUCCACGUCCCCGAGUCCCACGUCCUCGAGUCCCACGUCUCCGAGUCUCACCUUCCCGAGUCCCACGUCUCCAAGUCCCACGUCUCCGAGUCCCACGUCCCUGAGUCUCACGUCUCCAAGUCUCACGUCCCUGAGUCUCACGUCCUCGAGUCCCAAGUCCCAGUCCCCACGUCGCCAUCCAACUUUUAGUGACAGCCGUUCGACGAGGAAAGACUAAUGAACUGUGCUCAAUUAAAAAUACAUUAAGCAUUGAACUUCGGCGGGCAAACAGUUAUCUAUCAUUGUUUUUUGUUAGCCUGCUUCUAGCGAACCUUGAAGGUCACAAGUGUUGCCAUGAAUGUCUCUCCAAGCAAUCUCUUGAGUGAUAAAUAUGCCCUAAAGAAUUUGUUGCAUGCAUCCAGUAUUUGAACUCAAUACCCUUUUCAAAGAAAGCUUGUGAAUCUUGCUGGAAUCUAAGCUUUCUUUGUUAUUGUAGCCCCCUGUUGAAAUUCACUGAGUAAAGCCAGAGAGUGUCAUGUCAAAGAAUCAAUCUGAGAGAUCCACUCAGAGAAGAUAUUUUAUUUGUGAAUUUCACUCUAGCUGAAAGAUUCUCUUGUUUGCCUAAAAUACAGUAGUUGUCGAAUGAGUUAACAUUUUGAAAUUAUGGACUUAAUUAGUUCUUUAGUGUUCAUUGUCCUCUGAAGCAAGUUUUAUUUUUCUCUGUGUUGUUAAUGAGGGGCUGGUCUUCUGUAAAAACCCGGAGCAUAACUGAAGGGCUUGGGUUUUUGUUGAAAAUCUGUUGAUAUGCAAUAUCUAUUCUUGAAUAAUCUAUGGUCUCAUAUAAAGAGAGCUUUGAAGAAAGCUUUGUUAAUGGCCUUGGAAAAUAGUUCAGCCUAUCUGAAGAUCUUCGUUAUUUUCUAUUUUGCAAGUUUACUUUUUCUCCUUUACCAUAAGAAUAGUAAUGUUGUUUAUUGUAAUUUAUACAACAAAAUGCUGGUCACUUUAAAAGAGAGCUUGAGUUACGUAUGGAUAUUGAAAGAUGUUACUCAGAUGUAUGCCAAGUAAAUUCUCAAACAAAUGAACACUGUUACAGAGAAUAGGCAUUUGAGUUUAUGGCCAAUGGCUUUUUAAAAUUAUUGGCCAUUUCUAAAAACUAUGGGCCAUUCUUGUAUUUGAUUGGGUUAGAAGUAAAGAAAUAUCGGUAUUUUGUCAGUGAUAUAGCUUUUUAUUGUGUGCCUCAAUAAUGCAGUAUCUUGCAGGUUUUUUAGAAAGUUUCUGAAAAAUUGUUGUCUCUCAAAUUACAAUUUCAGGUUCAUGUUUUGGACAGUUUGGGGUGAACAACCCAAGAUAGAGAGAGCUGAAAUGGAUGGCUCUAAUCGUUCCGUAAUUGUCAGACAAAACAUUCGUCGGCCCAAUGGGCUUACAAUAGACUACAGUGCAGAGAAAAUUUACUGGAUAGAUGCAAAAUUGCUUUAUAUAGCUAAAGCUAAUUUUGAUGGUUCAAACCGAGAGAGAAUAUUUAAAACUCCAAGUCAAUGUAUUUUGGCAAAUCAAGCUCAUCCAUUUGCUUUGACGUUAUAUGAAAACAAAAUUUAUUGGACAGAUUGGUUUUCUAGAGGGAUACAUGCUACAAAUAAAAACAGUGGGAUGCGGUGUCAAAUGGUCUGGUCAACUACUUAUAAACCCAUGGAUAUACAUGCAUAUGAACCAAAAAAACAGCUGGUACCAAGGCCAGGUAAGCAGAAUUAAUAAAUGGUCAUUGAUUGUCUUGCAGUGUUCUUCCCUAUUUUAAGCACGACAGGUUAGAUAAAUUUUCAAGCAAUCCUUUUAACCGUUGAAUUCUUUAAGAACUCUACAUGAUUUUAGGCAGUAAUACGAGGCAGUACUACAGGCAGUAAAUUUUAUGGCUUUCCACCUUAAAAAGGAGAACACUGCAUACAAAUUAGUUAGUCACAUGAUAACAAGUGUGAUGUGUUGACUGCUGUGUGUUGAUCUCCAUAUAUUGAUUAGUUUGACUGGUUAGGCAUCAUCACAUGAAGGGAAUGCCCUACUGAGUUUUGAACUAUUUGAAUUUGUAUUUUGAUGAUCAAUUUGAUGAUUGCUGCUACAGUGAUUCAUUGUAGAACUUCUAACACUGCAUUUAUUGAAAACACUCUUCCUGACUGGGUAAUCAGUUUUGAACAAGCCUGGAAAUUUUUUACACUUUGAAAUUGUAUUUUCCACUCUCAGAUCUGAUUUGUAGUUUCCCUUACUGUCCACCAUGUAAUCUUUAUCAUUUUAUGUUUUGGUAUUGGAAUAACUAAUAAUCCCCUUAUUUAUAUUUUUCUUUGUUCUUAUCAUUUAUCUGCUUGAUAUUGUGUCAAUAUUACAAAGAGAAAUUCUGUCUUAGUCACUCUUGAAAGUUAAAAGGUUAGAUAGGCAUUCCAUGAGCUGUGCAUAAAUCUUCAAGCAAGGUGUACAAAUUUCUUUGAUUUUAUUUCAAUAAUUGGUUGAAAUUUCAUAACGAGUUACUAGAAAAGUGAACUGAAAGUGGCUGGCUAAAGAUGCAUGUCAAAUGGGGUAAGUUUCUAAAGAAACUGUGGUGCUGCAUCAGUGGAAGGGUAUAACAGGCUAACUAAGUGUUAUCAACUCAGUUGAUAACACUUAAUUACCCUAAUGAUACGAGUAGCUAAGUAGGCGGGGGGGAGGGGGUUUCAGUGAGCCAUUGGCUUUUAUUGAUAGCUCUUGGCAUGGUUUUUCUUUAAAACACUCAUGCAAUAGUAAAAAGAAAUGCCAAACUGUGACCUUGGUUUAUUUUUGACAAGUUAUCGACUUAUCCUGUAACAGGUCAAAAUCCUUGUAAUUCUACUCUCAAUGGAGGGUGCACCCAUCUUUGUCUGUUGAAUACCCAUGGCCGCUCUUGUGCUUGCCCAACUGGUGUGAAGCUUUUGCCUGAUGGAAGAACAUGCGAAAAAGGUAUGAUUGAGUGUCCAAUGUCAUGAAUAGCUGCAAAUAGUGUGUGUACUGUUUGUAUUUGGGCUUUGUUUGAAAUGUGGCUCCAGUUAUGAAGACAUUUAAAACAUUCUGUAUACUGGAUGUGCAUAAUUAGAAUAUUAUUUUGUGGGGUGUUUUAAGGGGGAGACACAACUUGUUACAACACUUGAAAGUCUCUGCUGCUGCUACUGAAUAAUGUCUCUGAGUUCAGGUGUGUGAAUUACACCAGUUUGAAUUUGUGCAACUGAUGGCAGUGACAAAGAUUUUCGUGAAAAUUCUCCAUGUCACUUGAGGCAAAUUGUGUUUGGGACUUGGCUUAGAGCAACACAAACUCUCUGGAUGCUAAAUGUGCCUAUACAUUAUCUGUGAAAUUUUUAAUUUUUAACAAUGUGUGCCUGAGAGAAUUUUAAAUGUAUCGGGCUAAAAAUGAAAGAGAAGGAUCGGUAUGUCCUACGUUUUGAUUAUUUAAUACCCAUCUUUUUGUAACUUGGUAAGAAAACGAAAAGCUUGGGCUAACGAGCAGAAUAAUGUUUGCAAAGAUUCCCCUAUCAAUGAAUGUACACUAUUUGAUAGAUAGGUAGUUACAUGGCAAAAAUCAAUGUAGGCAUACUUUCUUGAUGUGAUUACAGUGCUAUUGUUCUCACCAGUAACUCAUUUGGAAAUUUGUAGCAGUUGGAAAGAAAGAACUAACUAGUUAAUUUAAAGGCUGACCUGUCAAAUCAGAUAUACUCUAACAACUGUAUUUGGUUGUAUCACUAUCCAGUAAUAAGCUCACUCAUAAUGUUUGUUUUGUUUUGUUUUGUUUUGUUUUUUUAUCUUAGGCCCUUUCCAUUUUCUAUUGCUGGCAAGAAAAGGGGACCUGCGGCGUAUAUCACUUGAUACACCUGAUCUCACAGAUGUCGUUUUACCAGUGACUGGAAUCAGCCAUGCAGUGGCAAUUGAUUUUGAUCCAGUGGAUAGAUAUGUUUACUGGAGUGAUGAUAAAAAACUUGAAAUCAAAAGAUGCCGGUUGGAUGGACACGGUUAGCCAACCUUGAACUUGAAUACACUAAUUAUGUUAACUCUUUUGCGCAAAUGUAUGGUAACUUAACAAAAGUUCUGUCAAGUCUCUCAGACAGUUUUUCCAGUACCAUUUAUAUUGCUGAAUGGAAAGAGUAAACUUUAGCUUCAGUCUCCAGAACUUGUCCUGCUUGCUAUGGCAUCCAAAACAGUUAUAUAGAGUAUUAACCAACAUGAGGGCCGGUCUGGAUGUUAAUCUUUCUUCUAAACUGUUUUCUGUCUUUUUCUUUGUAUUUCAGAUGUUCAGGUAGUAGUAAGGAGUGAGCUGAAACAUCCUGAUGGUAUUGCUGUUGACUGGGUGGCGCGGAACUUGUACUGGACAGACACAGGCACUAAUAGAAUUGAAGUCAGCAGACUAAACGGCUCUGCUAGAAGAGUUCUUAUUGAUGAAAAUCUUGAUGAACCAAGAGCAAUAGCAUUGGAUCCAACUAAAGGGUAAAUAUCUGGGUAUAAUUAUGUUAUUUACUGGGUAGGAAAUCUGUGCCCAAAAGUCUUGAGUACAGCCAGAGGCCAAGAAGGAAAGCCAUACUCAUGUUGGAAGGCACAGCUUUUCCCCAUUAGGACUGGCUGAGGCUGUGAAUAACUGAUAUUUUUCUGCUGAUUUUGCUUUUUCAGAAUGGCAGGGAAAAAUUCUGAACUCUCUUUGGUAUUGGGAAAGACUGGAUGGGUUAGGAACCUAUGACUAAGCCUUGCUGAAAUGUGAAAAAAAACAAAAAAACAGCAAAAAAAUGGAUUUUAAUAUUUUUAUUUAUUUUCAUACUGAAAGUUGGCAAAGGCAUGCAAAGAAAUUUGAAUUAAUUUUUGUUAUCAAAUGUGUCAGUGAGAAAGGCUGUUAUAAGUUUGAAAUGUUCUAACAUGGUCUCACUUAGGUACAUGUACUGGACUGAUUGGGGAAAACACCCAAAGAUUGAGAGAGCAGAGCUUGAUGGAAGUCAGAGAGUCAUCUUAGUGAAUUCCUUGGUCGCGUGGCCAAAUGGCCUCACCAUUGAUUAUCUUAAGCAAAAGAUUUACUGGGCUGAUGCAAAGGAUGACAAGAUAAAAGUCAUGAACUUCGAUGGGAGUGCCCGCCGUAUUAUUUUAGAUAAAAAAUUGCCUCAUGUGUUUGGCUUUACUGUGCUUGGGGAUGAUCUUUAUUGGACGGACUGGCAGAAGAGGUCAAUAGAGAGUGUGAACAAAAGAACUGGUGAAGACAGAAGAGUACUUAUUGACAGCCUACCCCAUCUUAUGGGACUAAAAGCUGUAAACCUUAAUCUCUCCUAUGGUAAGAAGCAUUAUCUGUUUGAUACUUAAAUUAGUUUUGACUAUUCCAUGUUUCCUUCUUAUUACACUUAAAACACCUUUUUUUGGCCGCUAGGUUCCAAUGCCUGUCAGCGCAAAAAUGGAGGCUGUAGUCAUUUGUGUUUAUACAGGCCAUCAGGACCCAAAUGUGAAUGCCCAACAGGAAUGGAGCUUCUUUCUGACAAGAAGACUUGUACAUGUAAGUAUUCGGAAAAGUUGCAUUGCAAUAAUAUACUGAGCUUGCCUGGUAACGCCCAUAGAGCUAAAAUCAGCCAGUCAGCCAUUUCUUUCCUUCAAAAAUACGGAAAUCAACGUAAAUGUCAUACACGGUUGGCCCUUUAACUCCCAGGAUCUUUUUGUUAAUGUUCCCGUCUACAUGCCACACAUUUCCUUCGAGAAGAAGAAAUGCUUUUAGCGGCUUCAUGCCAUAGAACCCGGGAUAAGCUCUGGCUGUGAGGGGUAACCAGUUAAGUCGCCCGAAAGUCAUCUUGGCCGAAUUCAUGUCGCCCAUAACCAGAGUCAUGUCGCCCGAAAUUCAUAUAAUGUCGCCCGAAAUUUGAUCGAGUGUUUAAUCUUGAAGAAAAGUAACAAUUGCAAGGAAUAAACUCGUAAAAUAUUGACUCGUAUGUAAAAUGUUUUCGUCCGCUAACCCUUGCGAAUAUGAAGUAAAACAAAGACUCAAAUAUCGCUGUUUAUUUUAGCGUUGUUCGUUGCUAUGAACUAAACUGCUCAUUCUACAGUACAGAUUCUAGUUAUUAUCAGCGGAACACUUUCAGUUAUCAGAAUUUUUCACACAUAUCAGAAAAUACAGUUCUCUUAGUUUGAUUUAUCGUAUAAAAAACAUCCUGAAACUUUUACAGCGGUUUUUUUGUUUAUUGUUAACCACGCGAACAAAGUGUGUUAGCAUCAUUCCCCUUAGGAUCAGAAGCGGCAUAAAUUACCGCGACUUGUUCAGUUGACUCUUGUUUCCUCGGCCGGUUGCAUGUAAAUUUUGAUCCGGUUAACCUUAUAUAUAGAGGGGAAAUUAAUAACAGCCACCUCAUUCCGAGAUAAUCAGCUAGCUGAAACACGAGAUCGUUACGCGUACGCAAAAUUAUACAGUGAGCCUUCAUCCCUGUAUCGAGUGUCGAAAUGAAGUUCGACCACGCCAGCAAGCCCUUCGGUGCAACGAUUGCGGCUUUUGGCAGCAUCGUAUCUGCGGGACUGGUAUCUACCAAGCCACCUACCGUUUGGCAGUAAUUAGAGGAAGAAUAGAUUGGUUGUGCAUUGCAUGUUCUCUUGCGGCAUCGAUUUGGGAUUACUAUCUCCUUGAUAUCAAACGACAGCGAAACGAACAACCUGAGUUUCACGAGUCAACAUUUUACAAGUUUAUUCCUUGCGAUUUACUUAAGAUGUUACUUUUCUUCAAGUUUAAAUACUCGAUAAAAUUUCGGGCGACAUGACUUAGGAUUUCGGGCGACAUGACUAUGAAUUUGGAGCACUUAAUCACUGUCUCUAAUGGUGAAGCUACCGGACCGAUAGCGUGGGAUGAAAUUCAAACCAUGAAUUUGCUUGGUUUGCCUAUACUAUAGGAUAUGUUUAGGUAAGUGCGUUCGAUGCGUAUCUAUGCGAAUGUGUUCUUUUCUGCCUGAUGAUAUUGAUUCGCUUGGCGAACAAAAUUUCUAUCUUGCGUGUGUCGAUUCGCUUUUCAUGUGACAAAAAAUAUUCUUUUAAACAAAGAAACACUCGUAGACCAUUACCAGUUGAAUUUGGAUUCUUUCUUAGAGAUCUUUAGUGCUUAAAAACUUGUAAUUUACACCCGUAGUUGUCGUCCAUUUUGAGCUAUUAUUGGUUGGACAUUAAAGCAAGUGCAAAGAUUCUUAGGUAGCCUCACCCACAGCUGCUUUCAGAUGGCAGUUUCAUUUCUUGUCCUCCCCGAAUUGAUAGUUUAAAGAUCUAAACACCAAUUUGUUUGUAUGGGAAAGCUGAAGAAGCCGCAAAGGGCGAAUCGAAAUUCUCCGAGUAACAAGAUAACAACAAUAACAUUGCUCUCAUGAAUUCAUUUGCACGUGGUAUCUUGAUAUAUUUUUGGUCGUUGUAUGUUCAGAAUACCUGCUUAAGAUGAACGAAUGCUUCAGGACGAGAGUAAAAGCUCUGUAUGAGACAUCGUUGAGUAUAAUUUUCCUAGAGUGAGGGAAUUAAACUCGUAGAUUUAUGUUUCAAGUGUUGGCAGAAUACUUGUUCUCCCCACGCGAGAUCCGAUCGCUCUGAGUUUGGUUUGGUAUGCACUGAGCAUUUUAGGCAAAGUUUACAUUCGUCUUUGCCUUAACCCUCGCACUACAAUUCGAACUGAUUCAAGGGACUGAUAUACUCUUUAAUCCGAGAAGAUCAAGAAUAAAGUACGCGAUGUUACACAUUUGAUUUAAUAACCCGAAGCUGGCUUCUGGCUACGUGCGUCUUGCAUGAAAAGUAGUAGUCUUUUAUUGUCAUGUUUAUUUACAAAACAUUUAGCAAAUCCUCGGAGAACAUCGGAGAUGGAUUAAUACAGAGUAAUGACGCCCGUUGAAAGCGAUAUGUUUAACUUAUAUUUCUUCAGGUGUAAACCUUUGGCCGUUACGAUGAAAACAAAAUAUUUCCGGACGUUUCCUUUCGCUAAACGGAGCUAACUCAAUUAUCUUCGAUUUGUCUUAAACAAAUUGCUUGUGACGAAUCAGGUAUUUUACUCUUUAGUUCUAGUUUCGUGCCAGCAACUCUUCUAAUCCAAUUCUUUAUUUUCCACAGCGACUUCUCCAAGGAUUUUAUACGCAAACCAGAGAGACAUCAGAAUAGUACGACCAAAUGAAAAGAACCAAAAUGAAACUAUCGUAGCUGUUGGUCUUUUGAAUGCUAUCGCUUUAGAUUUCAGCUACGAAGAUGGAUACAUAUUUUGGACGGAUGUCAAUGAUGAGAAAAUCAAACGAAUUCGUAUGAUGGAAAGUUCUAACUCAAGAAAAGUUGAAGAUGUUAUAUCUGUGGGUUUGAAAAAGCCCGAAGGAUUAGCCGUAGAUUGGGUAGGAAAAAAGUUGUAUUGGACUAAUUGUGGAGAUUCUGACUGGGAAACGAACAGAAUCGAAGUUGCAAAUUUUGAUGGAUCCUAUCGCAAAGUUCUCUUCUGGAAAGACUUGGGUCUUCCAAGGGCGAUUGCAGUGGAUCCACUCAAGGGGUAAGUUGAAGACUUUGUGUUAUUUUGUUGCGCUCAAUAGCUGCAGUUUAUUUUGUGCUGAGUUUGAGAAAAAUCGUCAGCAAUUUUUCUACAACGAAGGUUUUGCUUGGCUUCGGGAGAACUUGUUAUUUUGGAUUUCGAUAUUUUGUAAAUAGCUUGCUUUUUUAGAGAUGGUGCUUCUUAUUAAAUUCGACAAGGCUGUGACUAAAAGUGGGACUGGGACGUGGGGUCUUGGACGUGGUGACGUCCCUGAGUCCCAGUCCCUACGUCUCAGUGGGACUCGUUGACGUGGGACGCGGGGACUCGAGGACGUGAGAACUGGAUUUUGAAUCUUAGUCCUUGAAUCAACUUAACUUUGACCCUGAAAUUGCCUUGGUAAUGUAACUGGAAAGAUCUCUUUAUGGCCGUUUUUCCAAGGGCCUACUUACAGUUCUAGACAAUUAUGGCUGCUGAAAUGUCCAAGAAUUUCAAAGAACUUCAUUUGGGGGUUGAAUCCUACAUGGCACACAGCACUCUCAAUCUCUGCUAUUGAAGAAGAAAAUGUACUUAAGGCAUUUAAUACCAAAUUGAGAGCAACAAGAACAGUUCUCUGUAAAGAAAAUAAAUGAUUUCAAAUAAAGAACUUGUUGAUUUUUUACUGCAGUUUAAGUGUAAUUACAGUAGCUGAUGCUUGUUGGAAUAACAAUGGUGUUAGAAGUUUAUAGAAAAUUGUUGUCUCUCAAAUUAUAAUUUCAGGUUCAUGUUUUGGACAGAUUGGGGUAAAGAACCCAAGAUAGAGAGAGCUGAAAUGGAUGGCUCUAAUCGUUCCGUAAUUGUCAGACAAAACAUUCAUUGGCCCAAUGGGCUCACAAUAGACUACAGUGCAGAGAAAAUUUACUGGACAGAUGCGAUAUUGUUUUAUAUAGCUAAAGCUAAUUUUGAUGGUUCAAACCGGGAGAAAAUAUUUAAAACUCCAAGUCAAUGUAUUUUGGCAAAUCGAGCUCAUCCAUUUGCUUUGACAUUAUAUGGAAACAAAAUUUAUUGGACAGAUUGGACUUCUAGAGGGAUACAUGCUACAAAUAAAAACAGUGGGAUGCGGUGUCAAAUGGUCUGGUCAACUACUUAUAAACCCAUGGAUAUACAUGCAUAUGAACCAAAAAAACAGUUGCCAAGGCCGGGUAAGCAGAAUUAAUAAAUGGUUAUCGAUUGUCUUGCAGUGUUCUUCCCUAUUUUAAGCACGACAGGUAAGAUAAAUUUUCAAGCUGGUAGAGGAAUCCUUUAAACCGUUGAAAUCUUUAAGAGUUCUACAUGAUUUUAGGCAGUAAUACGAGGUAAGGCUACAGGCAGUAAAUUUUAUGGCUUACCGCCUUAAAAAGGAGAACACUGCAUACAAGUUAGUUAGUCACAUGAUAACAAGUGUGAUGUGUUGACUGCUGUGUGUUGAUCUCCAUAUCUUGAUUAGUUUGACUGGUUGACAUCAUCACAUGAAGGGAAUGCCCUACUGAGUUUUGAACUAUUUGAAUGUGCAUUUUGAUGGGGGGGGGGGCGUUUCAGUGAGCCAUUGGCUUUUAUUGAUAGCUCUAUGCAUGGUUUUUCUUUAAAACUCUCAUGCAGUGGUAGAAAGAAAUGCCAAAUUGUGACCUUGGUUUAUUUUUGACAAGUUAUCGACUUAUCUUGUAACAGGUCAAAAUCCUUGUAAUUCUACUCUCAAUGGAGGGUGCACCCAUCUUUGUCUGUUGAAUACCCAUGGCCGCUCUUGUGCUUGCCCAACUGGUGUGAAGCUUUUGCCUGAUGGAAGAACAUGUGAAAAAGGUAUGAUUGAGUGUUCAAUGUCAUGAAUAGCUGCAAAUAGUGUGUGUACUGUUUGUAUUUGGGCUUUGUUUGAAAUGUGACUCCAGUUAUGAAAUACAUUUAAAACAUUCUGUAUACUGGAUUUGCAUAGUUAGAAUAUUAUUUUGUGGGUAUUUUAAGGGGGAGACACAACUUGUUACAACACUUGAAAGUCUCUGCUGCUGCUACUGAAUAAUGUCUCUGAGUUCAGGUGUGUGAAUUCAGACUGGUUUGAAUUUGUGCAACUGAUGGCAGUGACAAAGAUUUUCAUGAAAAUUUUCCAUGUCAGUUGAGACAAAUUGUGUUUGUGACUUGCCUUAGAGAAACAAACUCUCUGGAUGCUAAAUGUGCCUAUACAUUCUAUGUAAUAUUUUUAAUUUUUAACAAUGUGUGCCUGAGAGAAUUUUAAAUGUAUCGGGCUAAAAAUGAAGAAGAAUCAUCAAUAUGUCCUAUAUUUGCUAAAUAGCAAAAAUCAAUGAAGGCAUACUUUCUUGAUGUGAUUACAGUGUUAUUGUUCUCACCAGUAUCUCAUUUGGAAAUGUGUAGCAGUUGGAAAGAAAGAACUAACUAGUUAAUUUAAAGGCUGACCUGUGAAAUCAGAUAUACUCUAACAACUGUAUUUGGUUGUAUCACUAUCCAGUAAUAAGCUCAUUCAUAAUUUUUGUUUUGUUUUGUUUUGUUUUUUUAUCUUAGGCCCUUUCCAUUUUCUAUUGCUGGCAAGAAAAGGGGACCUGCGGCGUAUAUCACUCGAUACACCUGAUCUCACAGAUGUCGUUUUACCAGUGUCUGGAAUCAGUCAUGCAGUUGGAAUUGAUUUUGAUCCAGUGGAUAGAUAUGUUUACUGGAGUGAUUAUAAAAAACUUGAGAUUAAAAGAUGCCGGUUGAAUGGAGAAGGUUAGCCAACCAUGAACUUGAAUACACUAAUUACGUUAACGGAUUUGGGUAAAUUUAUGGUAACUUAACAAAAGUUCUGUCAAGUUUCUUCAACAUUUUUCUGGUACCAUCUAUAUUGCUGAAUGGAAAGAGCAAACUGCACUACAGUCACCAGAACUUAUCCUGCUUGGCAUGGCAUCCAAAACAGUUCUAUUGAGUACUAAACAACAUGAGGGCCAGUCUGGAUGUUAAUCUUUCUUCUGAACUGUUUUCUUUUUCUUUGUAUUUCAGAUGUUCAGGUAGUAGUAGGGAGUGAGCUGAAACAUCCUGAUGGUAUUGCUGUUGACUGGGUGGCACAGAACUUGUACUGGAUAGACACAGGCACUAAUAGAAUUGAAGUCAGCAGACUAAACGGCUCUGCUAGAAGAGUUCUUAUUGAUGAAAAUCUUGAUGAACCAAGAGCAAUAGCAUUGGAUCCAACUAAAGGGUAAAUAUCUGGGUAUAAUUAUGAUAUUUACUGAGUGAAAAAUCUGUACCCAAAGUCUUGAGUACAGCCAGAGGCCAAGAAGGAAGGCCGUACUCAUGUUGAGGGCACAGUUUUUCCCCCGUGUAUGCGUAUGUGUCAGUGAGAAAGGCUGUUAUAAGUUUGAAAUGUUCUAACAUGGUCUCACUUAGGUACAUGUACUGGACUGAUUGGGGAAAACACCCAAAGAUUGAGAGAGCAGAGCUUGAUGGGAGUCAUAGAGUCAUCUUAGUGAAUUCCUCGGUCGUGUGGCCAAAUGGCCUCACCAUUGAUUAUCUGAAGCAAAAGAUUUAUUGGGCUGAUGCAAAGGACGACAAGAUAGAAGUCAUGAACUUCGAUGGGAGUGCCCGCCGUAUUAUUUUAGAUAAAAAAUUGCCUCAUGUGUUUGGCUUUACUGUGCUCGGGGAUAAUCUUUAUUGGACGGACUGGCAGAAGAGAUCAAUAGAGAGUGUGAACAAAAGAACUGGUGAAGACAGAAGAGUACUGAUUGCGAGCUUACUCGAUCUUAUGGGACUAAAAGCUGUAAACCUUAAUCUCUCCUAUGGUAAGAAGCAUUAUUUAUUUGAUACUUAAAUUAGUUUUGACUAUUCCAUGUUUCCUUCUUAUUACACUUAAAACACCUUUUUUGGCCUCUAGGUUCCAAUGCCUGUCAGCGCAAAAUGGAGGCUGUAGUCAUUUGUGUUUAUACAGGCCAUCAGGACCCAAAUGUGAAUGCCCAACAGGAAUGGAGCUUCUUUCUGACAAGAAGACUUGUAUAUGUAAGUAUUCGGAAAAGAUGAAUUGCAAUAAUAUACUGAGCUUGCUUGGUAAGACCCAUAGAGCUAAAAUCAGCCAGUCAGCCAUUUCUUUCCUUCAAAAAUACGGAAAUCAACGUAAAUGUCAUACACUGUUGGCCCUUUAACUCCCAAGAUCUUUUUGUUAAUGUUCCCGUCUACAUGCCACACAUUUCCUUGGAGAAGAAGAAAUGCUUUUAGUGGCUUCAUGCCAUAGAACCCGGGAUAAGCUCUGGCUGUGAGGGGUAACCGGUCAAGUCGCCCGAAAGUCAUCUUGGCCGAAGUCAUGUCGCCCAUAACCAGAGUCAUGUCGCCCGAAAUUCAUAUAAUGUCGCCCGAAAUCCUAAGUCAUGUCGCCCGAAAUUUGAUCGAGUGUUUAAUCUUGAAGAAAAGUAACAAUCGCAAGGAACAAAAGCGAAAAAUGUUGACUCGUAUGUAAAAUGUUUUCGUCCGCUAACCCAUGCGAAUAUGAAGUAAAACAAAGACUCAAAUAUCGCUGUUCAUUUUAGCGUUGUUCGUUGCUAUGAACCAAACUGCUCAUUCUACAGUACAGAUUCUAGUAAUUAUAAGCGGAACACUUUCAGUUAUCAGAGUUUUUCACACAUAUCAGAAAAUACAAUUCUCUUAGUUUGAUUUAUCGUAUAAAAAACAUCCUGAAACUUUUACAGCGGUUUUUUUUGUUUAUUGUUAAUCACGCAAACAAAGCGUGUUAGCAUCAUUCCCCUUAGGAUCAGGCGCGGCAUAAAUUACCGCGACUUGUUCAGUUGAUUCUUGUUUCCUCGGCCGGUUGCAUGUAAAUUUUGAUUCGGUUAACCAUAUAUAAAGAGGGGAAAUUAAUAACAGCCACCUCAUUCCGAGAUAAUCAGCUAGCUGAAACACGAGAUCGUUACGCGUACGCAAAAGAAUUAUACAGUGAGCCUUCAUCCCUGUAUCGAGUGCAGAAAUGAAGUUCGACCACGCCAGCAAGCCCUUCAGUGCGACGAUUGCGGCUUUUGGCAGCAUCGUAUCUGCGAGACUGGUAUCGACCAAGCCACCUACCGUUUGGCGGUAAUUAGAGGAAGAAUAGAUUGGUUGUGCAUUGCAUGUUCUCUUGCGGCAUCGAUUUAGGGUUACUUUCUCCUUGAUAUCAAACGACAGCGAAACGAACAACCUGAGUUUCACGAGUCAACAUUUUACAAGUUUAUUCCUUGCGAUUUACUUAAGAUGUUACUUUUCUUCAAGUUUAAAUACUCGAUAAAAUUUCGGGCGACAUGACUUAGGAUUUCGGGCGACAUGACUAUGAAUUUGGAGCACUUAACCACUGUCUCUAAUGGUGAAGCUACCGGACCGAUAGCGUGGGAUGAAAUUCAAAGCAUUAAUUUGCUUGGUUUGCCUAUACUAUAGGAUAUGUUUAGGUAAGUGCGUUCGAUGCGUAUCUAUGCGAUGUGUUCUUUUCUGCCUGAUGAUAUUGAUUCGCUUGGCGGACAAAAUUUCUAUCUUGCUUGUGUCGAUUCGCUUUUCAUGUGACAAAAAAUAUUCCUUUAAACAAAGAAACACUCGUAGACCGUUACUAGUUGAAUUUGGAUUCUUUUUUAGAGAUCUUUAGUGCUUAAAAACUUGUAAUUUACACCCGUAGUUGUCGUCCAUUUUGAGCCAUUAUUGAUUGGACUUUAAAGUAAGUGCAGAGAUUCUUAGGUGGCCUCACCCACAGCUGCUUUCAGAUGGCGCUUUCAUUUCUUGUCCUCCCCGAAUUGAUAGUUAAAAGAUCUAAACACCAAUGUGUAUACAUGGGAAAACUGAAGAAGCCGCAAAGGGCGAAUCGAAAUUCUCCGAGUAACAAGAUAACAACAACAUCGCUCUCAUGAAUUCAUUUGCACGUGGUAUCUUAAUAUAUUUUUGGUCGUUGUAUGUUCAGAAUACCUGCCUAGGAUGAAAGAAUGCUGCAGGACGAGAGUAAAAGCUAUGUAUGAGACAUCGUUGAGUAUAAUUUUCCUAGCGUGAGGGAAUUAAACUCGUAGAUUUCUGUUUCGAGUGUUGGCAGAAUACCUCUUCUCCCCACGCGAGAUCCGAUCGCUCUGAGUUAGGUUUGGUAUGCAGCAUUUUAGGCAAAGUUUAAAUUCGUCUUUACCUUAACCCUCGCACUACAAUUCGAACUGAUUCAAAGGAUUGAUAUACUCUUUGAUCAGAGAAGAUCAAGAAUAAAGUACGCGAUGUUACACAUUUGAUUUAAUAACCCGAAGCAUGCUUCUGGCUACGUGCGUCUUGCAUGAAAAGUAGUUGUCUUUUAUUGUCAUGUUUAUUUACAAAACAUUUAGCAAAUCCUCGGAGAUCAUCGGAGAUGGAUUAAUACAGAGUAAUGACGCCCGUUGAAAGCGAUAUGUUUAACUUCUAUUUCUUCAGGUGUAAACCCUUUGGCCGUUACGAUGAAAACAAAAUACUUCCAGACGUUUCCUUUCGCUAAACGGAGCUAACUCAAUUAUCUUCGAUUCGUCUUUAAGAAAUUGCUUGUGACCAAUCAGGUAUUUUACUCUUUAAUUCUAGUUUCGUGCCAGCAACUCUUCUUAUCCAAUUUUUUAUUUUCCACAGCGACUUCUCCAAGGAUUUUAUACGCAAACCGGAGAGACAUCAGAAUAGUACGACCAAAUCAAAAAAACCAAAAUGAAACUAUCGUAGCUGUUGGUCUUUUGGAUGCUAUCGCUUUAGAUUUCAGCUACGAAGAUGGAUACAUAUUUUGGACGGAGAUCAGUGUCAUGAAAAUCAGACGAAUUCGUAUGACGGGAAGUCUUAACUCUAGAAAAGUUGAAGAUGUUAUAUCUGUGGAUUUGAAAAACCCCCAAGGAUUAGCCGUAGAUUGGGUAGGAAAAAAGUUGUAUUGGACUGAUCUUAGAGAUCCUGACGGGGAAACAAACAGAAUCGAAGUUGCAAAUUUUGAUGGUUUCUAUCGCAAAGUUCUUUUCUGGAAAGACUUGGGUCUUCCAAGGGCGAUUGCAGUGGAUCCACUCAAGGGGUAAAUUGAAGACUUUGUGUUAUUUUGUUGCACUCAAUAGCUGCAGUUUAUUUUGUGCUGAGUUUGAGAAAAAUCGUCAGCAAUUUUUCUACAACGAAGGUUUUGCUUGGCAUUGGGAGAACUUGUCAUUUUGGAUUUCUAUAUUUUGCAAAUAGCUUGCUUUUUUAGAGUUGGUGCUUCUUAUUAAAUUCAACGAGGCUGUGACCAAAAGUGGGACUGGGACGUGGGGUCUAGGACGUGGGAACGUCCCUGAGUCCCAGGCCCUACGUCUCAGUGGGACUCGGUGACGUGGGACGCGGGGACUCGAGGACGUGAGAACUCGUUUGCCUCUUUGACGGUAAGAACUCUGGGUACAAAAUAGUUUCAACGCAAGGGGUUUUAAACAUCGAGGGCAGCCGUAGAGGACUUUCCUGGUAAGUAACUGUGUUUUCUUUCUUAUUCUUUUUUGCAAGGGUAAGGCAUGGAUCGAGAAGAAAACAGUUAUUUACUAGGAAAGGCCUCCAUGGCUGCCCACGAGUCCCCGAGUCCCCGAGUCCCCGAGUCCCAAGUCUCACAUCCCCGAGUCUCACGUCCCCGGGUCCCACGUCCUCGAGUCCCACGUCCUCGAGUCUGAGGUCCUCGAGUCCCACGUCCCAGUCCCACGUCCCUUCCCACUUUUAGUCACAGCCGUUUGACGAGGAAAGACCAAUGAACUGUGCUCAAUUAAAAAUACAUUAAGCGUUGAACUUCGGCAGGCAAACAGUUAUCUAUCAUUGUUUUUUGUUAGCCUACUUUUAGCGAACCUUGAAGGUCACAAGUGUUGCCAUGAAUGUCUUGAAGCAAUCUCAUAAGUGAUGAAUAUGCCACAAGUAAUUUGUUGCAUGCAUCCAGUAUUUGAACUCGAUACCAUUUUCAAAGAAAGCUUAUGAAUCUUGCUGGAAUCUAAGCUUUCUUUGUUAUUAUAGCCCCGUGUUGAAAUUCACCAAGUAAAGCCGGAGAAUGUCAUUUUUUAGAGAAAGAAUCAAUCUGAGAAAUCCACUCCGAGAAGAUAUUUUAUUUGUAAAUUUUUUUCUUGCUGAAAGAUUCUCUUGUUUUUCCAAAAUACAGUCGUUGUAGAAUGAGUUAACAUUUUGAAAUUAUGGACUUAAUUAGUUCUUUAGUGUUCAUUGUCCUCUAAAAAAAGUUUUAUCCUGAGCAUAAGUGAAGGGCUUGGGUUUUUGUUGAAAAUCUGUCGAUGUGCAAUAUCUAUUCUUGAAUAAUCUAUGGUCUCACAUAAAGAGAGCUUUGAAGAAGGCUUUGUUAAUGGCUUUGGACAAUAGUUCAGCCUAUCUGAAGAUCUUCGUUAUUUCCUAUUUUGCGAGUUUACUUUUUCUCCAUUACCAUAAGAAUAGUAAUGUUGUUUAUUGUAAUUUAUAGAACAAAAUGCUGGUCACUUUAAAAGAGAUGGUUGUUUCAGUUAAGCUUAAGUUACGUAUGGAUAUUAAAAGAUGUUGACUCAUAUGUAUGCCAAGUAAAUUCCCAAACAAAUGAACACUGUUACAGAGAAUAGGCAUUUGAGCUUAUGGCUAAUUGCUUUUUUAAAUUAUCGGCCAUUUCUAAAAACUAUGGGCCACUGUUGUAUUUGAUUGGGCUAGAAGAAAGGAAACAUGGGUAUUUUGUUGGUGAUGUAACUUUUCAUAGUGUGCCUCAAUUAUGCAGUAUCUUGCAGGUAACAAUGCGAUGAAAAAGUUUCAUUUACGUGUCACUUAAAUCAAACAACGUAGUGAAAAAGUUUCACCCAGUUGUCACUUAACUCAAACAAACUGAAAAGCUGUUUACUUCAAGUGAAGAGUAAUCAGUGCACUAUACAGUACUUAUAAAGGUGUUUUUGUCCUUCAUCUGUUAAAACAACCAUGUUUUUUAACCGUAAACUUAUGGCUGUGCUGACUUAAUCCAGGUUUUAAAUAAAUUGCUGGACUUUAAAAUUAGAAGUCACAAAACUGGUGUUAAAAUUUUUGGUCACUGAUAAAUCACUGCAGUAAAAUUAUGGAUUUUGAAUCUUACUCCUUGAAUCAAAUUAACUUUGACCCUGAAAUUGCCUUGGUAAUGUAAUUGGAAAGAUCUCUUUAUGGGCGGUUUUCCAAGGGCCUACGUACAGUACUGGACGAUUGUGGCUGCUGAAAUCUCAAAGAAUUUCAAAGAACUUCAUUUGGGGGUUGAAUCCUACAUGGCACACAGCACUCUCAAUCUGCUAUUGAAUAAGAAAAUGUACUUAAGGCAUUUAAUACCAAAUUGAGAGCAACAAGAGCAGUUCUCUUUAAAGAAAAUAAAUGAUUUGAAAUAAAGGACUUGUCGAUUUUUCAUUGCAGUUUAAGUGUAAUUACAGUAGUUGAUGCUUGUUAGAAUAACAAUGGUGUUAAAAGUUUCUAACAAAUUGUUUUCUCUCAAAUUAUAAUUUCAGGUUCAUGUUUUGGACAGAUUGGGGUGAAGAACCCAAGAUAGAGAGAGCUGAAAUGGAUGGCUCUAAUCGUUCCGUAGUUGUCAGACAAAACAUUCAUUGGCCCAAUGGGCUCACAAUAGACUACAGUGCAGAGAAAAUUUACUGGACAGAUGCAAAAUUGUUUUAUAUAGCUAAAGCUAAUUUUGAUGGUUCAAACCGGGAGAAAAUAUUUAAAACUCCAAGUCAAUGUAUUUUGGCAGAUCAAGCUCAUCCAUUUGCUUUGACACUAUAUGGAAACAAAAUUUAUUGGACAGAUUGGACUUCUAGAGGGAUACAUUCUGCAAAUAAAAACAGUGGGAUGCGGUGUCAAAUGGUCUGGUCAACUACUUAUAAACCCAUGGAUAUACAUGCAUAUGAACCAAAAAAACAGUUGCCAAGGCGAAGUAAGUAGAAUUAAUAAAUGGUUAUUGAUUGUCUUGCAGUGUUCUUCCCUAUUUUAAGCACGACAGGUAAGAUAAAUUUUCAAGCUGGUAGAGGAAUCCUUUUAACCGUUGAAAUCUUUAAGAAUUUUACAUGAUUUUAGGCAGUAAUACGAGGUAGUGCUACAGGCAGUAAAUUUUAUGGCUUACCGCCUUAAAAAGGAGAACACUGCAUACAAGUUAGUUAGACACAUGAUAACAAGUGUGAUGUGUUGACUGCUGUGUGUUGAUCUCCAUAUGUUGAUUAGUUUGACUGGUUGACAUCAUCACAUGAAGGGAAUGCCCUACUGAGUUUUGAACUAUUUGAAUGUGCAGUUUGUUGGGGGUAGGGGGGGUUCAGUGAGCCAUUGACUUUUACUGAUAGCUCUUGGCAUGGUUUUUCUUUAAAACUCUCAUGCAGUGGUAGAAAGAAAUGCCAAAUUGUGACCUUGGUUUAUUUUUGACAAGUUAUCGACUUAUCUUGUAACAGGUCAAAAUCCUUGUAAUUCUACUCUCAAUGGAGGGUGCACCCAUCUUUGUCUGUUGAAUACCCAUGGCCGCUCUUGUGCUUGCCCAACUGGUGUGAAGCUUUUGCCUGAUGGAAGAACAUGUGAAAAAGGUAUGAUUGAGUGUUCAAUGUCAUGAAUAGCUGCAAGUAGUGUGUGUACUGUUUGUAUUUGGGCUUUGUUUGUAAUGUGGCUCCAGUUAUGAAAUACAUCUCUGGAUGCUAAAUGUGCCUCUACAUUCUCUGUAAAAAUUUUUAAUUUUUAAUAAUGUGUGCCUGAGAGAAUUUUAAAUGUAUCGGGCUAAAAAUGAAGGAGAGGGAUCGGUAGGUCCUAUAUUUUGAUUAUUUAAUACCCACCUUUUUGUAGCUUGGUAAGAAAACGAAAAGCUUGGGCUAACGAGCAGAAUAAUGUUUGCAAAGCUUCCCCUAUCACUGAAUGUACACUAUUUGAUAGAUAGGUAUCUACAUGGAAAAAAUCAAUGAAGCCAUACUUUCUUGGUGUGAUUACAGUGCUGUUGUUCUCACCAGUAUCUCAUUUGGAAAUGUAUGGCAGUUGGAAAGAAAGAACUAACUAGUUAAUUUAAAGGCUGAACGGUGAAAUAAGAUACUAUAACAACUGUUAUUGGUUGUAUCACUAUCCAGUAAUAAGCUCAUUCAUAAUGUUUGUUUUGUUUUGUUUUGUUUUUUUAUCUUAGGCUCUUUCCAUUUUCUAUUGCUGGCAAGAAAAGGGGACCUGCGGCGUAUAUCACUCGAUACACCUGAUCUCACAGAUGUCGUUUUAUCAUUGUCUGGAAUCAGUCAUGCAGUGGCAAUUGAUUUUGAUCCAGUGGAUAGAUAUGUUUACUGGAGUGAUGAUAAAAAACUUGAGAUUAAAAGAUGCCGGUUGAAUGGAGAAGGUUAGCCAACCUUGAACUUGAAUACACUAAUUACGUUAACUGAUUUGGGCAAAUUUAUGGUAACUUAACAAAAGUUCUGUCAAGUUUCUUCAACAGUUUUUCUGGUACCAUCUAUAUUGCUGAAUGGAAAAAGUAAACUGCACGUCAGUCACCAGAACUUAUCCUGCUUGGCAUGGCAUUCAAAACAGUUCUAUUGAGUACUAAACAACAUGAGGGCCAGUCUGGAUGUUAAUCUUUCUUCUAAACUGUUUUCUGUCUUUUUCUUUGUAUUUCAGAUGUUCAGGUAUUGGUAAGGAGGGAGCUGAAACAUCCUGAUGGUAUUGCUGUUGACUGGGUGGCGCGGAACUUGUACUGGACAGACACAGGCACUAAUAGAAUUGAAGUCAGCAGACUAAACGGCUCUGCUAGAAGAGUUCUUAUUGAUGAAAAUCUUGAUGAACCAAGAGCAAUAGCAUUGGAUCCAACUAAAGGGUAAAUAUCUGGGUAUAACUAUGAUAUUUAUUGGGUGGGAAAUCUGUACCCAAAGUCUUGAGUACAGCAAGAGGCCAAGAAGGAACUCCGUACUCAUGUUGAGGGCACAGUUUUUUCCCCGCGUAUGUGUCAGUGAGAAAGGCUGUUAUAAGUUUGAAAUGUUCUAACAUGGUCUCACUUAGGUACAUGUACUGGACUGAUUGGGGAAAACACCCAAAGAUUGAGAGAGCAGAGCUUGAUGGGAGUCAUAGAGUCAUCUUAGUGAAUUCCUCGGUCGCGUGGCCAAAUGGCCUCACCAUUGAUUUUCUGAAGCAAAAGAUUUACUGGGCUGAUGCAGGGGAUGACAAGAUAGAAGUCAUGAACUUCGAUGGGAGUGCCCGCCGUAUUAUUUUAGAUAAAAAAUUGCCUCAUGUGUUUGGCUUUACUAUGCUUGGGGAUAAUCUUUAUUGGACGGACUGGCAGAAGAAGUCAAUAGAGAGUGUGAACAAAAGAACUGGUGAAGACAGAAGAGUAAUCAUUGACUUCCUACCUGAUCUUAUGGGACUAAAAGCUGUAAACCUUAAUCUCUCCUAUGGUAAGAAGCAUUAUUUAUUUGAUACUUAAAUUAGUUUUGACUAUUCCAUGUUUCCUUCUUAUUACACUUAAAACACCUUUUUUUGGCCUCUAGGUUCCAAUGCCUGUCAGCGAAAAAAUGGAGGCUGUAGUCAUUUGUGUUUAUACAGGCCAUCAGGACCCAAAUGUGAAUGCCCAACAGGAAUGGAGCUUCUUUCUGACAAGAAGACUUGUAUUUGUAAGUAUUCGGAAAAGAUGAAUUGCAAUAAUAUACUGAGCUUGCCUGAUAAGACCCAUAGAGCUAAAAUCAGCCAGUCAACCAUUUCUUUCCUUCAAAAAUACGGAAAUCAACAUAAAUGUCAUAUACUGUUGGCCCUUUAACUCCCAAGAUCUUUUUGUUAAUGUUCCCGUCUACAUGCCACACAUUUCCUUAGAGAAGAAGAAAUGCUUUUAGUAGCUACAUGCCAUAGAAACUGGGAUAAGCUCUGGCUGUGAGGAGAGUCAGCUGUAUAUGCAGAUGUAUUUCGUCAAGAUCUCACAGAAGCACUCUAAACGUCUUUUUUUUCCUUAUUACUGCACUUCCAGAAUGAAAAGAUGGAUCGAAAGAACUACAUUGAAGGAGUAAGUAUUGUAGCUUUUUCAUUGAAUUCGCCAUAGAAAUGAUAUGAAGAAGUAGGCCCAGAUUCCCACAAUGGACUAGGAGUCCAUUGAAGACGAGUUGCAAUAAUCCCAGGAGCUUUUCGCCUUACGAAUUGGGUUCAGUUCCGGUAGUUAUGCACGUCAGUUUCACGUGUAUGUUAAGCGUUUUUACGCAGCCAAGAGACGAUGUCAACCUGAUUUACAGACUGAUUUACAGGAUACAUGCAUUCACAGCAGACCAUUGUGCCUAUCCCUCGGUGAACAUUAUCAAAUUGUUAAUACUUCUUGCCUAGUAUGCUUUUCCUUUACAUUGGUAAAUUCUGAUAUAGCUUCAAUUCUUAUAACUAAUCUAUAUGGAAAGGUACACUUAUAAGAGAGGAGAAGUCCUAAUUAUGAGCAUGGAAGUUUAGGGGUAGCAUAACACCCUCCACCUCCCACUAAAUAUCCUACUGGAUAUCGCCCACAAUCGCCUUUCAUCAUGUUUUUAACAAUUGGUAUCAUUCCCUUUGGCUCGAUUUCUUCCGCUCACUCUGGUCUGGUUUUCCUCUGCGCGAAAGGAAGAUCGGGCUCUGAGAAAUGUAACCGAGCCUAUUUCUAUUUCAAGUUGGUACAGUUUUUUGUGCACAAGAAGUGUUUUUAGUUGGACACCUUUGAAGAAUAUUUGCGAAUUUGAAAAUCUUCGAGGUGAAGCUAAGCGAAAGUAAUUUAACGUCACCUUCCAUUGUGACAGUAUUAUGGAAUAUUGAAUUCAUUCUCAUUGUGUUUGUCAACAGACCAAGGUUUUGGCCACUUACAUGGAGGAAGUGGCCAAAAUAGAAUGAGAAGCUAAUCCCGUUGCUAAUGGAAUACUUUGAAGUAGCUCAAGAUGAUUGCUAAAAAGAUUCAGUAGCAUGUGAAAUUUUCCGUCCGUAACAUAGAUUUUCCCGCCCCCUUUGAUUGGGCGAUAAACUACAUACAAAAAAAGUUAAAAGUAAAAAUUUGUUUUCGAUUUCCGACAGAAGCAUUAAGAAUCGCCCUUCUGAGAAACGACCCGUGGACUAUUGUCAGUAUCUGAACGACUGCGCACCUACCCCUCCCCUAACCUAACAUUAACCCUAACUUGUUAUCAGUUGACUAUUGUUAAGUUAGGAGAGGGUAGGUGCGCUGUUGCUUAAAUACUCACGUUGAUUCCGAAAAUGCUUUGACGAUGCGAUGCUUUAGUUUAUAUGAGUAAGCGUUGAAUAGAUACGAACACUUCUGUUUAAAACAUACACUGUGGCAAAAAUGAAUGAAGAUUAAAGAGAAGAAAAGUGGUACUUGAACAAUUGUCUCUCAGAAAUAAUGAAUGCAAUCAUAAAUACUAUAUUUUUAAGUGUAAACUUCAUUUGAUUCUGUAACAAAUACGUAAACUUGACUAUUACCC